AUUCAACUUGUUGAAGUGCUCCUACUGCAGCCUGGGCAGAAGUGUGAGUUUGGACUGUGGCUUCCAGAGUCUGGAUUCAUCCAGCAGUGAUACUGCUGAUGGACUACAAAUUCUAACAUGGACUGAUCUAAACAAAAACUGAAUAAAGAUGGCGAACGCAGACAGUGAGGUCAAGACGUUGCUGAAUUUUGUGAACUUGGCAUCCAGCGAUAUCAAAGCGGCCUUGGACAAGUCAGCUCCAUGCCGACGCUCCGUGGAUCACAGGAAAUAUCUGCAGAAACAACUGAAGCGUUUCUCCCAGAAGUACUCCAGAGUCCCAAGAUGCCACACGCACAGGUCUGCUGGGUACGGGUGCGUAAAACCGGUGGGGACUGCUCAUCAGACUGUGAAGGUCGCAGAAAAGGCCAGCAGCUCGGACGCGCAAGGUGUGGAGAGUUCAGGGAGCGCUGUGGAGCAGGUGCCCAUGAGGAAACGCCAACUCCCGGCUUCGUUUUGGGAGGAACCCAAGUUGACCCAAAAUGAAAGGGAGCACCCACUUUUUAAAUUGAAAAAGAACCCUACAGGCACAACUGAGGGCAGCGAAAACGAAAAGAACAAAAGGAGUUAUGAUGAUGGGAAGGCUGCUCUGUCUGAGGAAAAGGAGACACUGAAAUUGGGCCUGAGCUCUCAUCACUGCGUGAGUGUGUGUGGCUGCUGCCCAUUCCAGUACCACGGACACCAGGUCCUCCACAGUCACAUUGUUGUCCCCCAUCCGCCCCUGGGAUUGUGGAGUAAGGCAGCAGGGACUGUGACAGAGAGACCUGAGCAUCCUUAUGGACAGAAAAUACACACGCACGUGGUGGUCAAACCUAUCCCAACAAAACCAACCGUCCAGUCCCCGAUCUUUAGCGUGUUUGGAUUCAUUUAG